AUGUCUCGCGCAGCCAAACUUGCGGAGCUGCGAGCGUUGCGCGCUGCUGGCAAGACGCGCCUAUCCACAUACGAAGUCGCCGAGGAGGAGGACCUAUACGAUACAGUUGAUGAUGAGGGGUAUAAGAAGAUUGUGCGAAACCGGCUAGAUCAGGACGAUUUCAUCGUCGACGACAAUGGCGAGGGAUACGUCGACGACGGCAGGGAAGAAUGGGAUGACGGCCAGGGCCGCUACAAAUAUGCUGCCACAGACAGCGAGGAAGAAGAUGAGCGGCCCAAGGGCAAGGCCGCUAAGCGGAAGCGUGAAGAAGACGCCGAGAAACAGGAGAAGAUCAACAACGGAAUCAGCAAGUAUUUCAGCGCAAAGACAGCUGCGAAAGCCCCAAAACCAAAGCCUGUCGCCAGUGCUGCUGACAAUGACUUCAUGGACGACCUACUCGGCGAAAUCGACACAAACAACGCCCGUCGUUCCGCACCACGCAUGCGUCCCGUGAAGAACGAAGCUAGGAGAAAGACCCGUGUUUUGUCUCCACCAGUAUCAGAGAACCGACCUGCUCUCAAGACGAGACAAACCAAUGACUCCGAUUCAUAUAUGCCAGACACGCCCCCAGCGGCAAAUACGUACGCAGAUGAUGAUGAUCUUCCUACAUUUAACGACGAAGAUGUACCUAUGAGCGACGCAGUUCUACCAUCAUCACCAGUCACGAAAGCUGUCGAGCGAAAGUCGAAGCCUGUAGUCAAAUUCGAGGAGGAAGAGGAGGAUCUAAUGGAAGUGGCCCUGCCCACAGGACACAACGGUUUGCCUGUUGCCAGUGUAAACAUGGCCGGAAGACGGCCAAUAGCCAAGAUCAAGAAGGCAGACUAUCCGACACCAGCCAGCUCCUCCCCUGUGAGACCUUCCACAGCCUCGGUAGAUGCGUCCUCCUGGAACGAUGUCACAAGCAGGCUCAAUGUCAUGAGUAGUCCAGCCCCACAGACCACAGGUGUUGGCAAAAUGAGGCCUGAGUCAGCGCUAGAAGAGGACGGUAGUUUGCACAUGUUCUGGACCGACUACACAGAGGUCAAUGGCAGUCUGUGUCUUUUUGGAAAGGUCAAAGACAAGGUAACGGGUGGUUAUGCGAGUUGCUUCGUCAAGAUCGACAACGUCUUCAGGGAGCUCUACUUCCUGCCGCGCGAAUACCGCCAUAUCAGAGGCGUGGCCACCGAUCAAGAAGUCGAGAUGAGCGAUGUCUACGAAGAAGUGGACUCCAUCAUGUCAAAGCACCGAGUUACGAUGCAUAAGAUCAAGCCCUGCACAAGGAAGUAUGCCUUCGAACUACCAGACGUACCUAAAGAGGCCGAUUAUCUUCAGCUCCUGUACGGAUAUGACAAGAUGCCUCUUUCCGCUGAGUUGACGGGAGAGACAUUCUCGCGAGUUUUUGGCACAAACACUUCUCUCUUCGAACAGUUUGUCUUGGGAAAGAAUGUAAUGGGCCCUUGCUGGCUGAAGAUCGACGCCGCAGACUGCGGUGCGAUCCACAAUGCUUCCUGGUGCAAACUCGAGGUGUCAGUCACCAAGCCGAACAACAUCGCAGUCCUGAGCAACUCGGAUAAUCUCGAUGCUCCUCCUAUGACUCUUAUGAGCCUGUCCCUCCGCACCACUUUCAACGCGGCGGACAACAAGCAAGAGAUCCUCAUGGCGAGCGCCAUGAUCUACGACAACUUCUCUCUGACAGAUACAUCGUCGAUCGAAGAGAUGCCAUGCAAGAGCUUCACCAUCAUGCGACCUAAUGGUGCGGCUUUUCCCACAGGAUUCCAGACUGAUGCCUCAAGGCUGAAAGGCAAUUUCUCGUUCAUGAAAAGUGAGAAAGAGUUACUCAGCUUACUCAUGGCCAUGUUCCAACGCCAUGACCCGGAUGUGCUUAUUGGCCAUCGCCUCGAUGAUGUAGAUUACAGUGUUCUGCUCAAUCGUCUGCGCGAAAACAAGACACCCGGAUGGCAUCGAGUGGGCCGUCUUAAGAGGAGCGACUGGCCGAAGAACUUUGGGAAAGGAGGUGGCAGCUUCUUUGCCGAAAAGCAGCUGGCUGCCGGUCGCCUGUUGUGUGACUUGGCCAAUGACCUCGGCAAGUCUCUCAUGACCAAGUGUCAGUCCUGGAGCUUGGAGGAGAUGUGUCAGCUAGUUCUCAACAAGCGGCGUGAAGAGCUUGACAAUGAGGCUGCACUGAAAAGCUGGGCGACCAGCAAGGAGGGGCUGCUGAACUAUGUCAAGCACUGUCAAGCCGAUGCCUACUUCAUCGCUGCCAUCUCGAUGAAGGUGCAGAUGCUCCCUCUUACUAAGGUUCUGACCAAUCUUGCUGGUAAUUCGUGGGCACGUACGCUGAGUGGCACCCGUGCUGAGCGAAACGAGUACAUUCUACUCCACGAGUUCCACAAGAACCAGUACAUCUGCCCUGAUAAACAGUGGGGCAAGGGCAAGAUCAAAGUCGAGGAAGAGAAUGCCGAAGGUGAAGAAGGUGUGGAUGCAAAGAAGAAGGACAAAUUCAAGGGUGGCCUUGUUUUUGAGCCGGAGAAGGGUCUUUACGACAAGUUCAUCCUUGUCAUGGACUUCAACUCUCUGUACCCCAGUAUCAUCCAGGAGUUCAACAUCUGCUUCACAACAGUAGAGCGAUCUGACCUAGCCGAGGACGAGGACAAAGUGCCAGAGGUACCCACGCACCAGGACCAGGGUAUUCUUCCACGUCUAAUUGCCACACUUGUGUCUCGUCGUCGCGAGGUCAAGAAGCUCAUGAAGGACAAAUCAGCCACAACAGAUCAGCUGGCUACGUGGGACAUCAAACAACUCGCCUUGAAGCUUACUGCCAACUCCAUGUACGGAUGUCUGGGAUACACGAGGUCCCGAUUCUACGCACGACCUCUUGCCAUGCUCACUACCUACAAGGGUCGUGAGAUUCUCCGACGGACGAAAGAUAUGGCUGAAGAGAAAAUGCUUCGCGUCAUCUACGGUGAUACUGAUUCCGUCAUGAUCAACACCAAUGUUGACAACAUCCAAGAAGCACUAAAGUUGGGCAACGAAUUCAAAAAGGAGGUCAACGACAGCUACAGACUGCUAGAAAUCGACAUCGAUAACGUAUUCCGUCGUAUCCUGCUACACGCCAAGAAGAAGUACGCCGCCAUAAACAUGGUUCCGGUCGACGGUAAAUAUAUCGAAAAACUCGAGGUAAAAGGUCUUGACAUGCGACGCCGAGAGUACUGCGCUCUGUCCAAGGAGACAUCUACCGAACUCCUCAACUUUCUCCUUAGUGGCGAAGAUCCGGAGACCGUUGUCGAGAAGAUCCAUAACCACCUCCGCGAACUGUCCAAGAAGAUGCGCGAAUACACAGUUCCGACCCGCAAGUACACGAUUUACACGCAACUCGGCAAGAACCCUGAUCAAUACCCCAACGGCGCCUCAAUGCCUUCUGUUCAGGUUGCUUUACGUUUGCAAGCCAAGGGAAAACACGUCAAGGCCAAAGAUGUCAUGUCCUUCAUCAUCACGGGUGACAGCUCUGGGUCCGCUGAGAACGCAGCCAAGAACGCCUACCCUGUUGAUGAAGUGCUCAAGCCCGAGAGUGAGCUGAAACCAGACAUUGACUACUAUCUGCACAAGCAAAUUCUACCACCGGUAGAAAGGCUAUGUGCUCCGAUUAGCGGGACAAACAUCACGCUCCUGGCGUCCUGUCUUGGGCUGGAUACGAGCAAGUACCGGAUCAGCAGCGCGACUUCGGGCGUGCAGCAGGACACCGAAGUCCACCCCCUCGAAAGUCAAAUCCCGGAUAGUGUGCGGUUCCAGGACUGCACGCCCCUCUUCCUCCGCUGCCGGACAUGCACGAGCGUCAGUCCCUUCUUUGGCGUUGCGGAUCUUCGGACCAAGACGCUCUCGCGCCAAGGCAUAACGUGCGCCAACAAGGAAUGUGCAGCAGUCAUACCGACCAUGUCUAUCGUUGCACAGCUCGAGUCCCAAAUCCGCCAGAUGCUCGCCACCUACUACUCUGGACAGUUGAUGUGCGACGACCCGGCGUGCGGAAACCGCUCUCGCAGCAUGUCCGUCUACGGCUCCCGCUGUCUCGGACCCAAGGGCCUUGCGAAAGACUGUUUGGGCAAAAUGCAUUAUGUCGUCAGGGAAAAGGACGUCUGGAAUCAGCUGCUCUACCUGCAGUCCUUGUUCGACGUCGACAGGCUUCACAAGGCGGAUCUGGGCGCCGAGGUGGGUGAGAGGAGGGACAAGAUGAAGAUCCUCGCCGAGGAUAACCGUGAGAGGUGCGAGACUUUGAAGGGCGUUGUGGAUGGGUGGCUGGAGAGGAACGGAAGGCAGUGGGUGCAGAUGGACUCGCUUUUCUCGUUUGCGUUGAAAUAG